GGAAAAGCAGGAGGGGUGGGUCGGAGUGCUUGUCCGGGCUCUAUAUAGAGAGGGAAAAUCCAAGCGUUACUAGAGGCCAGACAGGAGGCAGAAGAGAGUGAGUAUUCAGUACUUUGACCUGUAGCUGAAACAGACCUGCUCACAUUUUGUUCACUGGAUAUAACCAGAACAAGGAUUAUAUUUCACCAAACAAGAUAAGCAAUGUUGAAGCUCUUGAUGCUGGCUGCCAUUGCAGCGCCCCUCCUGCUGUCGGAAGGAGGAAUGUCGGUGAGGACUCAGUCCCGCACUAAGAGAGAACUGGCCAUCCCGUUGCACCUCAGGGGGAUCCGGGACCCCUAUGGCUCCUACUGCCAGAGGAGAGGAGGCUGCUGCCCCGGCAGAAAUGACCAGUGCACUGUGCCUUACCUGGACACCAUCUGUUACUGUGACCUGUUCUGCAACCGCACCGUGUCCGACUGUUGUCCUGACUUCUGGAGCCACUGCAUGGGAACAAAUCCUCCAUUCCCUCCCAACAGACCUUGUGUGCCAGAAAUACGGCCUGAAGACAUUGCAAAAAGUUCUUGUGAAAGGAACGGCCACAGGUUUCACUCAGGAGCAACUUACAAAGAGAACUGUAAUUUAUGUACAUGUGGUCAAAAUGGCCGCUGGGAAUGUGAGAAUCACGCCUGUUUGAUAGAGGAUGACAUGAUCCAAGAAAUCAACAGGGGAAGCUAUGGUUGGAGGGCGUCAAACUACAGUCAGUUCUGGGGUAUGACCCUGGACGAGGGUCUGCGGUAUCGUCUGGGCACAAAACGCCCCUCACGGACUAUUAUGAACAUGAAUGAGAUCCAGAUGAAUAUGAAUGGAAAUGAUCAACUGCCAAGUUACUUCAAUGCAGUAGACAAGUGGCCAGGGAAAAUCCAUGAGCCACUGGACCAGGGGAACUGCAAUGCAUCCUGGGCUUUCUCAACUGCAGCUGUUGCAUCAGACCGGAUCUCUAUUCAGUCAAUGGGUCACAUGACUCCUCAGCUCUCACCUCAGAAUCUGAUUUCCUGUGACACGCGUCAUCAGGACGGUUGCGCCGGUGGGCGUAUCGAUGGGGCCUGGUGGUACCUAAGACGAAGAGGGAUAGUGACAGAGGAGUGUUACCCCUUCUCUGCGCCCCAGCAAACCCCUGCUGAAGUGGCUCGCUGCAUGAUGCAAACUCGAGCGGUGGGCCGAGGAAAGAGGCAGGCCACAGCGCGCUGUCCCAACAGCCACAGCUACGACGACAAUGGCGUCUAUCAGUCAACCCCACCAUACAGACUGUCCUCCAAUGAGAAAGAGAUUAUGAAAGAGAUUAUGGAUAAUGGCCCCGUGCAAGCCAUCAUGGAGGUCCAUGAGGAUUUCUUUGUGUACAAGAGUGGAAUUUACAGACAUACAGAUGUCAAUUCCCGCAAACCGUCACAGUACCGCAAACACGCAACACACUCCGUCAGGAUAACAGGGUGGGGAGAGGAGAGAGACUACAAUGGCAGAACACGCAAAUAUUGGAUUGGAGCCAAUUCAUGGGGGAAGAACUGGGGCGAGGACGGUUACUUCCGCAUCGCUCGUGGUGUAAACGAGUGCGAGAUCGAGGCGUUUGUGAUCGGCGUGUGGGGCAGAGUCACCAUGGAAGACAUGCACAACCAUCAUCAUCACCAUGGACGGCGCAAGUAGAGGACUGCAGAUCUAAACCACAAAGUCAUUCAGGUCUUUUGCAGGUUUGUUAGAGUCUGAUUUCCACCAAACCGACCAAACCCCAGUGCCUUCUGAAUAUCUGUUCACACCACAUGCAUAAAAAGGUGGUGUCCGCUGCCCCCCUCUGUCCAAAUACACGUCUCCACUGAAGUUUUGGUUCCUUUGGGUCAUUAGUAGGAGGAAUGUAAAACUAAAAUUUGUGUUUAUGGCAAAUAUCGUCUUAUUGGUGGAAACCGGCUGGUUACACUCCUUGACUGGACCUCAAAUAACCAACAGCCACAGGACUCAGACGCACUCAGGACUCAGUUUUCCAGAAACACACUUCACAGGCACACGUGCUCAGCAUCAUAAUAUAACUAUCUCAAAUGUCUAAUAUAGUGAUAUUAGGAUGCGUCUUAUGUUUUGUGUUUUUUCUUACUUCUGGGAAUGAUCGCACACUAAGGCAGCCAGUCAGACAGCACUCCAUACUUUCUGCUAAAGGGAUAGAGGAACACCAGGAUGGGGGAAGAAGAAGGUUUUAGGACCAAUAAUUUAUUUUAAAAAUACCCUAGAUUAGAUUUAUGACAGUUCUCAGCAUUCCGUUGAGAUUAAGGUAUAUUUUAAGAUGUAAAGAACCACUCCAGUCUAUCUUUGUGAUCAAAAUCUGAUUCUUUUAGGUUGGCUGAACAGAUACAGGCCACUUUACGGAAUAAAAAAAUAAAAAAGUUUAUGUAUCACAAUUGUGAGAGAAAAAAGUAUUUCUGACAAUUCUGACUUUAUUUCUCACAAUCACAAGUUUAUAUCUUACAAUUCAGAGUUUAUAACUCGCAACUGUGAGAAAUAUAGUCAGAAUUGCAAGUCAUAAACUUGCAAUUCAUAAAAUUUUUUGAUUUUUUUAUCACGUGGUGGUAUCAUGACAAAUCAGGUCCUCCCUCAAAAUCGGGUCUCCCCAAACGGUCAGUUAAUGAUAAUCCUAAGUAUAUACGAAUGAUAUUAAUUUAAAAUACUCAUAUAGCUUACUAUAUAAUGUGUAAGAAAACAAAUUAGUGCAUAAUAAAACCAAAUUAAUGUAAUUUCUUACUCUUGAUUAACUGUUAAUAAUAAUUAUAAUAGCCUAUUAAGUGAAUAAUUGAACAUCAUUAAUUUGUUUUAUUUAUAACUGAAAUAUUUGGACAUUUAACACUUAAUGUAACACAUAAUCACAUUAUAGAUGAUUGUGAAUACAUGUAUACUUGCGUCUAUAAUCUAUCAGGCUAAUCGGGUAUCUGUAUGCUAUUCUAGUACAUAAGCUAACUUAUACAGACAUAAAUUGUCACUAUAACGUAGUUGAAACAGCAUUUAUCAUAACAUGAUUUUGUAGGAAUUGUAAACAGGCGCUAAAGAGAGUGCCUAUUAAAAGCUAUUUGAACCAGUGGGAUUGCGUGGGGUCCUAAUGUAGACCCUGAUUUCAGGGGGGGAACCAAUUUGUCACUACAGCGGAACCAAGCUUCCAUAUAUAACGGGAAACUACGGAGUCCUGUACAUGAAAUGUGGACAAAAAUAUAUCGUGGACACGAUUUACUAAUUCAUUCCCUCGUUUUAAGUAAAUCGAGUGCAUAAUAAUUCAUUCCCUUGUUUUAUUAAACUGUGUGCACUGUAUAAUAAUUCGUUCCCUCGAAUUAGUAAAUUGUGGCCAUGUUGUGCUUAUUCGUCCCCUCGUUUUGAUUUAACUGAAACAAGGGAACAAAUGAUUACAAUGUGGCCACAGUUUCAUAAAACAAGGUAACAAAUUAUUAUAUCUUGACCACGAUUUACAAAAGGUAUUAGUAAGUCGUGGAGCGAAUUAAUUUGUGGCCACAAUAUAAAUAUUUUUUUAUGUCAUGUGUGGGGCUCUUUAGAAAACAAACCAAAAAAAUAUUUUUUCAUGUUAUGAGACCAAAAAAAUGGCCACCAGUUACUGCAAUUUUGAAUGGCCCUUUAAUCCUCAAGAAUUAAUUGGUUGGAAGUGGUUUGGUCAUGAAACCUGGAGCUUGAAGUGACCUAACAGGCAAAUAUACAAAGGCAAAAACAACCAAUGGUUUAUCACCUUUAGGUGGAACGAUUAUAAUGUGUUGGCUAUAUUGCGCUGGAAAAUGAUAUAUGUAUGAAAUACCACAGAUAGAGUGUAAACCUGCUCUCUCAAGUCUUAAGCUUUUGUACUCUGUAAAUUAAGAUUGUACACAAACAAUGACAUAAACCUUUUUUUUUUUUUUGUUCUCAUGUUUGUUUUGUUGAAUUAUUUAAGUGACUACUAUGACCAUUAGUAUUUAAAGGAAAAAAUCUUCAAUAUGAGAUUUUAGAAAUGUAAAGGAGCUAAUACCACAGGGCAAAAGUGACAAUGCUGAAUUAUUACGUCUUGCUACAGUAUGUAAAUCAGGCAAAAACCACAAUAUUAUAAGACAUCAUAGUAGAGCAUGUUUGCUUCUCAAUUAUCCAUCUACACAUGUAUGGAGAUUAGUGUGCAUUAAUAAGCGUGAGACAGAUAUUGCUGCUUGGGCAUACCAAACUAUAUUAUCAUGCAUGCGCCAGAGCUCCGAGCAAACCCAUCUGCUGACUUUGAUAAUGAUAAUGUCAUUAUCAUGGUGACAUGACUAAUUCAAAAGCCUUAUGACAGGCAUUUGAUUCAGCAAUACACUCUCACAGACAAGAAGACAGUAUAAAUUCAGCAACAGAUGCUAUAUUCUGGCCAUUAGCAUUCAGUUAAAUGCGUUCUCUAUUAGUCAUGCAAGAAGUUUCCAUUUAGAUAAAGCAUUUAUAUACAGCCAGAUGAGUCCAUCGGGCUCACGUCAUGAAUAUUCAAUGUCUUAAUAUUGCCAGAUUUUACAUUGCGGUUCAUAUUAUACACUGAUUUGAGCCCGAGCUGGAUCGUUCUCACUUAGACAUUCUUCAGUUCUGUAAUUGUGAAUGAAUACUGUGUUAUUUAAGAACAAAAUCUGUCUGCAAAUAAUGCAUCACUGGUUACUACUGUGCAAUGUUACCUUGUUGUUCCUCGUAUUGUCUGUACACAAUGCAAACCAAUGUAGUGUUCACCUGUUUGAUGCAAUAAAAGUCCUACAACCCACUUAA